UCCAUCACACAGCUGCGGAGGCGUUGAGAAAAAAAUUAGCGUAUGCGACCAUUAACAUUUUGCGUCAUAGCUAGCAAGAGCUACAAGUUUCAAACGCAACACGCGAUUCGGAAGGAGGUUGCCGAGUGUACAAACGACAGCGCAGCGGACGAAGGCGAUAAACGAUGAACGAAUGUGUGGCGACCAAGCUUCAACUGUGGGACGUUAACGUCAACAUUUUCAGUACAACGGGACAUUUCGUUGCUACCAAAACGAACGAAAACGAAACGGAAAAAGUAACUUCAAGUUAAAAAAAAGAAACUUUUACAGCUAAGCAACUAAAAUAUACACACAGCCAGCAAACGCCUACACAAAAAGUGGAAAAUUCUGUGAAAAAUCAACAAAUUGUGCUGUUGAAAAUUGUGAAAAACAUUUAUUAAAUUCAACUGUGAGUCAAUUUGUGUAGCAUAUUGUUGGGCGCAAGUGAAAAAAUUAGCAGCCAAAGGGAAAAGCUGUUAGCUGCAGUUGGUGGAAAAAAAAAUUUGCUUACUGCCUACGCGCGUAUGAAAAUCGAUACGAAAACGACCAACGACCGUUCGGUGGAGGCGCGGCGUGUUGUAUAUAAAACAACAACAACUGCAACAAUAAUAGCACUGGAGUGUACACUGCAUUAAAAGGGCAAACGCGUAACAAAGCGUGCGUACAUACAUACAUACAUACAAAAGUACGUACGCACAGCCACACGCACCGGCAGGUCAGCUCAGCUCAAGUACGUAGCCGCCAUAUGGCAGCUGUAAAAAGGGGCAAAACGCAGCUUUAAUUGCAAUUCGCAAUUGGAUUUGCAGUACAAAUAGCAGGAUUGUAUUGGACGCAGUACUUUGUAAUUAAUUUGCAACCGCAAUUGCAGUAAAGCAAAAAGACGAAAAGGGAAGUGACAGUGACUGAGCUGCAAACUCUUAAGACGCAGUGAAAAAAAUUAUAGCUAACAACAACAACAACAACAGCAGCAGCAGUAAUCAUGGUUCACCAUAUUGAAAUUGCGUUGCCGCUGCUCGUUGCAGUGGUGUUUAACAUUUUAGGUCACUGCAAUAUGAGCAUUUACCCAGGGCUUCGCCGUAAACCUUUCCGCCAAUAUUUGCAACAAUCUUUUGAUGUGUCCACCGAUUAUUUGGCUCAACUUAUGGAAGAGAAUGCGCGACGACGCUUACAACAAACGUUCGAGCAACAAUUGGAGCGUAUCAACUUUCAAAUGAAUCGGCAGCGACAAAUCGACGAACAGCGCGAACGUUUGAAUCAACGCCUGCAAAUGUUGGCCGGUGAGAAUGCGGAAGAGAGCAACGAGGAGAGUGGUGAGGUCGAUGUGGAAUCGACGGAAAUCGAAGGGGACUCCUACAAUGCCAAUCGAAAUCGGUAUAAUAAUUAUAAAAAUUACAACGGAAAUAACAACAACAACGGUAUCGACAACAAUAAUAUUGGAAAUCAGUACGUGGAUCCAAAUGGCUUCUUCAGCUACAAGUACUCACCCGUCGACAUGUUGAAUAUGAAAAAUAAUAUAGCUCGUGAACGCAUACCCUUCGCAGUGGGACCAGCCGACCCACGUUUCUUUGAGCGUGACAGCGCUGAGGUUGAGGCUGAGGAGAAUAAUGGAAAUAGCGAUGAAUUGGACUCACGCGCCUUAGAUGACUAUCAAGAGUUUGUGCCAGCCGAAUCACAAAAUAUUGGUGCCAAAACAGCGCCAGCUGCGUUGCCAGGCGCAACUGGUGUGGCUGCAGAUGCGGAUGCGGCUACCGCAGACACUACUGAUUCCGAAACCGUAACUGUAACAGCUUCUGAUGCCAAAGCACCUGUGCUCGCACCAGCACCUGUUGAAGCUGCGAAACUUAGCGAUAAUGGAGCAACCACAUUCCAUCGCAUCAAACCGCAAAGCGCUGCUGCUGCAGCCGCAGUUGCGGGCGCCAGUGUAGCCGCCGCCAUAAAACAGGAUGCCACUGAGGACAACAGUAAUCCAACACAUGUCAAUGCGCUCAUCAACAAAUUGCGUAAGGAGGGCAAAUCGGCAACCAUUGUUGAUGGUCAGGAUGCAGCUACUGCGUUGGGAGGAAAUGGUGGCGACAAUCUGGUGAUGCGUCAACAUUUAGGAGUAGACGGUGAGAUGGGCAUGUACUUGGUGGCGUUGAUUGCGGGCGUGAGCGCCGCUGUAACAGUGGGUCUGAUAGCGCUUGGCAUUGCUUGGUAUACAUUGCAUCGCAAAUCAAAGGCAGCAGCGGAUGUUAAAUAUCCGGCUUAUGGUGUGACCGGGCCAAACAAGGACAUCUCGCCAACGGGCGAUCGCAAAUUGGCACAAAGCGCACAAAUGUACCAUUAUCAGCAUCAGAAGCAGCAAAUUAUUGCAAUGGAGAAUCGUCAGGCGGCUGAGGGUAGCUGUGGCAUGUCGGAUGUGGAGAGUGAUGAUGAGGAGAACGAGGAGGGUGAUUACACUGUGUACGAAUGCCCAGGUCUUGCACCGCCAAUGAGCGAAAUGGAGGUGAAGAAUCCAUUGUUCUUGGAUGAAACGCCAAUUACGCCAUCGAGCAACAACACCACCACAACCACGACCACAACUUCAACACCAAUCAUUACCAACAAUCUAACACAUGCCACACCACAACAACCACCCACACAACAACUCGGCAAGAAGCCCACUUAUAAGGUUAUAGUCGGUGCUGCACCCAAUCCCAAAGCUACCUCAGCAGAAUCUACGUCUUCCGAGGAGAAUAGCAAAAGGAAGAAGAACAAGAAGUAAAGCAGUGCACACUCAGUGUACAGUAUGAAGAAACGGUAUCAGUAGCGGUACUUUCAUGGUAAUUGUGAUGUCAAAUUGAAAUUGAAAAAAAA